AUGGAUGUGGAAGGUAUCAUGGCCCAGGUGAUGAGUUCUGUUCUUCCUUUGGAAUCCGAACGAAAGGCUGUGUAUCCGGGAAACAGACUCUUUGAUGAAGUGGAAAGUGUUCUCGAACUUGGGCUGUAUGAUGCAUCGAGUGAUGAAGCUCGCCUCUUUGUAAACAGGAGCGAAGUUUUCACAGUUAGCUUGAUAAUCAUGCUGGAGCCUCGUAGGUAG